UCCAAAACGGCGAGGAAAGCGGAAGCCACCUUCAGGGCCGUGAAACUGAGGCGCCCCGAGACUCGUUGUGCACCUACACCCCUUACUUGGAAACGAGGUCUUGAAUUCAAAUACUGCACUAUUCAUCGCCGCGUCUUCAAAGAUUUAUAGCUACCAAACAGCUUCAGAGUCUAACGUGAUGCAGUUGGCGGCCAAUGAGCAUAGAUGCCUCCUAUUAUAGAGCGGCUACUCCUCUUCAUGAAAUUUCCGGAAUCACAUAAAAAAAAUGAAUAAUUUGGAAGAAGCUGAACUACAGCUUUCUGAGUUAGAUUUGCUCUCUAGUAUGUUUCCUAAUGAAGAUGAAUUUAGAGUGACUGAUCAGCUUGCUUUAGCAGAACUAAAGAAUCUUGUUGAAAGAUGUCCAUUGGAAGUGCCAUCUUCAAAAAUACAAUUUAUGCUGAAAUUAGAGCUGGAGACUCCUGGUGGUGAUAAGGCUGAACUUUCUUUAUUCUGCGCGUUUCCAUUUAAGUACCCAACUGUUCUUCCAGAAAUUACUAUCAGAUCUCCAUCCUUAAGCCGAUCGCAACAGAUUCAGCUAAACACAGAUCUCCUAACUUACUUGAGGAAAAAUUGUGCUGGUGAGGUUUGCAUAUUAAAUGCAAGAGAAUGGGUUAAAGACCAUUCUGCUGCCUAUAUCAACAAGGAUCUCCCAUCUUCCUCUGUGGGGAAAUCAGAUGUUAAGAAAUCAGAAGAUAUUUUCACUAGACUCUGGAUUUAUAGCCAUCACAUUUACAACAAACAAAAAAGAAAGAAUAUAGUUGACUGGGCUAAGGAACUUUCUCUGUCUGGAUUCAGCAUGCCUGGGAAACCAGGCAUUAUUUGUGUAGAAGGCCCACAGACCAUGUGUGAGGAGUUUUGGGCAAGAAUCAGAAGAUUAUCAUGGCAACGAAUUUUGAUUCGUCAUAGAGAGGACAUUUCCUUAGAGGGGGCUGAAGAUGAAAUUGAAAAACAAAUGAAAUUUUCAUGUUUUGAAGAAAAAUUAUUUGAUGCACAUGGCACCAGAGGAAAUCACAUGGAUCUAGGACAACUGUAUCAUUUUUUAGUUGACAAUGGAUGUGCUGAUAUCUUCCAAAUGUACUUUGGAGUUGAAGGACAAUAGGCGAGCAACUAAGGAAAAUCAGUAGAAUGUUAAAUGAGAGUUGAUAUAAUGUCAUUGUUUUUCCUUUUGAUCUGAAUUUUUACCAGUAAAGGAUUACUAAGAACUUUCA